UUGCCUCGAACGAGCACUUCAGAACGCCGAGUGAACUUGAGCGGCGCGCUGACAGGCUUCAGGGAGUCGGUUCACUCCACCUCCGCACUCGAGACGCGGCUUCGACACAACUCUGGAGGCUGCCAGGGACACACGGAGCCGACACCGGUCCUCUUCCUCCAAGUUCCUCCAACACUCGAAACACAAGCUCAGCGGUCCACAUCCAAUCAGGCGACCGUUAGUAACGGCGGCCGAACCCGGACGUGACCAGCGGCAGAGCGGCCCGGCCGGGCGGGUUUUUCCACCCCACCGUUUACACAAACGCGAGGAGAAGAGCUUCUUGGCGGCUGCUCACCGGCUCUGGUCGUGUCGGUCAGGUCGUGGUUGGACGCGCUCCGGGGAAACUCCUUCAGUUUCCUGCCGCUGAGGUUCAGGCACCCGGUGGCCGAGGCUUCGUCCAAAGCCCGGUCCAGAGAUCGGUUCCAGGGCGCCGGGCUCGCCGGCCCGAGUCCACUGCUGCCGCCCGCUGGACCGUUCCCCCCAGCGCCGACGCCUGCGACCGCGUAAUUGAGUCCGGUGUUGUCCGCGGAGCCCAGCAACACCGAGGCCGCCAUUACACACUCCACUCGUUAGCUCGGAUGCUAACGGCUAACUCUUCCACCCAAACUCGAGGGCGGCGCAUGCGCAGAAGGCGCCGAGUUCCCCAACUCCAGACGGAUCUUCUCCAAAACCCUCAAGUGAAGCCACAAUCCUUUUAUUUACGGCUGGAACCGUUUGUGUGUUUUGGGGCGUGACGACCCAGAGAAGCGCGCAAGCCCUGCGGCUUCUCGGACUCAGGGCGAACGCUGGACAGACAUGUCGGACGGAGCUUCCCACAUCUGCGGCUGCGUCACACCAUUUCCCAGACGGCACCGCGCGCAGGCGCAGGCGCAGUCCCGCGGUGGGCCGCGCUCAGGGCCGGGUAUCAUGGCGACCUACGUGGACAUCCUGAGGAGCGAGUUUCCAGAAAUCGACGCCGAGCUCUUCGACUACAUCACAGGUGUGCUGGACAGCGGCGGCUCGGACUUCGAGGACGGUGAGGAAGUGUUCGAGGCCGUGGGCGGGGUCCUGCAGGAGGUCUCUGCCGACAGCAAGAACCAGGACCACAUCAGAGACAUCUGCCUGCAGAUGUUCAACACGCUCCAGCUGUCCGGUCGACCCGGCGCCCAGCGGCAGGUUCUGCUGGACGCACCUGUGCAGCUGUCGCAGAUCUCAGCGGACUCAAACACGGCGGGGCAGGACCUGCAGGGGAUCUGGAUGAUGAAGCGGCCUCAGAACACGACGGUGGACGCCAAGAAGCUGGAGAAGGCCGAAGCCAAACUCAAGGCCAAACAUGAGCGACGCAGCGAGAGAGACUCGCAGAAGAGCAGCAGCCCCGUUGUCCUGGAGGAGGCGUCGGCCAGUCAGGCCAGCAGCAAGAAGGAGAGCCGCGUCGACCAGUCGGGGAAGAACCGCACCUACGACAUUCGCAUCGAGAACUUUGACGUGUCUUUUGGCGAGCGCUGUCUCCUGCAGGGGGCGGAGCUGUCCCUGGCUGCGGGUCGGCGCUACGGCCUCAUCGGCCGCAACGGUUUGGGGAAGACCACGCUGCUGAAGAUGCUGGCGAGCCGGAACCUGCGAGUGCCGGGACACAUCUCCAUCCUGCACGUGGAGCAGGAGGUGGCGGGAGACGACACGCCGGCGCUUCAGAGCGUCCUGCAGAGCGACACGCUGAGGGAAGGCCUGCUGGAGGAGGAGCGCCGCCUCAACGCCCGCAUCGCCGGCGGCACGGCCGACGGUCUGGAGAGCGUCCGGCUGUCCGAGAUCUACGGGAAACUGGAGGAGAUCGAGGCGGACAAAGCCCCGGCGCGAGCCUCUGUGAUCCUGGCAGGCUUGGGCUUCUCUCCCAGGAUGCAGCUGCAGACCACCAGGGAGUUCUCAGGAGGAUGGAGGAUGAGGUUGGCCUUGGCCCGUGCUCUUUUCGCUCGGCCGGACCUGCUGCUGCUGGACGAGCCGACCAACAUGCUGGACGUCCGCGCCAUCCUGUGGCUGGAGAACUACCUGCAGACCUGGCAGUCCACCAUCCUGGUGGUGUCUCACGACCGCAACUUCUUGAACGCCGUGGUCACCGACAUCAUCCAUCUGCACUCCCAGCAGCUGGACAGUUACCGCGGCGACUACGAGAACUUCAUCAAGACCAAAGAGGACCGGCUCAAGAACAUGCACCGGGAGUACGAGGCCCAGCUGCAGUACCGCCAACACAUACAGGUUUUCAUUGACAGGUUUCGCUACAACGCCAACAGAGCAGCUCAAGUCCAGAGCAAGCUGAAGCUUCUGGAGAGGCUACCGGAGCUGAAGCCCAUCGAGAAAGAGGCGGAGGUGACGCUGAGGUUCCCCGAUCACUUCGAGAAGCUGUCGCCGCCCAUCCUGCAGCUGGACGAGGUGGAGUUCUACUACAGCCGCGACGCACCGCUCUUCUCGGGCCUCAACCUGUCGGCCGACCUGGAGUCUCGCAUCUGCAUCGUCGGGGAAAACGGCGCCGGAAAGACCACGGUCCUCAAACUGCUGAUGGGCGAGCUGACGCCGGUCAGCGGAGUCCGACAGGCGCACAGGAACCUGAAGAUCGGCUACUUCAGCCAGCACCACGUGGACCAGCUGGACCUCAACGUCUGCUCGGUGGAGCUGCUGCUCAACAAGUUUCCUGGGAGAACGGAGGAGGAGUAUCGCCACCAGCUGGGCGGCUACGGCAUCACAGGCGAGCUCGCCACCAGGCCCGUGGCCAGUUUGUCUGGAGGCCAGAAGAGCAGGGUGGCCUUCGCCCAGAUGACCAUGACCAGUCCCAACUUCUACAUCCUGGAUGAACCCACCAACCACCUGGACAUGGAGACCAUCGAGGCGCUGGCGAAAGCGCUCAACAAGUUCCGAGGUGGAGUCAUGCUGGUGUCACACGACGAGCGUCUGAUCCGGAUGGUGUGUAAGGAGCUGUGGGUGUGUGAGGGAGGCCGAGUGCGGCGCAUCGACGGCGGCUUCGACGAGUACCGCGACAUCCUGCAGGAGCAGUUCAGGAAGGAGGGCUACCUGUGAGGGGGCGGAGCCUGCGCCCAAACUUUCACUGACUAAUAAACACGCUAGCACCUGCGACUCGUGACUGGCUCACGCGCUGAGGCGCCGCGCGGACCAGGUGGAGUGUCACGUGACAGGUCAUGCCACCAGCCUCCGAGUGGACACUGGAGCGUGAGCAUGAAUGGACUUUAUUCACAGA